GCCUGGCAGCUGUAUAAAACUCCCUCCGAGCUCCAGACCCACAGAAGUUCAUCAGCCUCAGCAAUCAGCAUGACCAGCCAGUCUCAGGGAAUCCAGCAGCUUUUGCAGGCAGAAAAACGUGCCAAGGACAAAUUGGAGGAAGCCAAAAAAAGAAAGGGAAAAAGGCUGAAGCAGGCCAAAGAAGAAGCCAUAGCCGAGAUAGACCACUACAGGUUACAGAGGGAGAAGGAAUUUAGGAACAAGCAAACAACUGUCAUGGGCUCCCAAGGCAACCUCUCUGCUAAAAUAGAAGAGCAAACAACAGAAAACAUCCGAAACCUCACUAGCAGCUACCACAAGAACAUGGACAGCAUAAUGAAAAAGCUUUUGAACACAAUAUGUGAUAUCAACCCUGAACUUCACCCAAACUUCAGACACGCAGUUUAAGAUCCAUUGAUGCACUUAAGGACAAUUGUAAAUGUAGCCUUCUGCAUUGAUAAGCAUAAAUAUUUUCUCAUUUAUUGUUUCUGUAUACGUGAAAUAAAAAGAAUGCUAAAGCCAAAAGUACACAGUUCCAUAUAUGCUUUUAAUGUGACAAUAAUUACAGAGGGUUUCACAAGCAUUUGUUGGAAUAUUGUUUCCUGUUGGUAGCUA